AUGGAUAAAUUAGAAAGGAUAGAGUUAGAAUCACAAGUAUGUAAUGAAUUAGAAAGGUUUAUUGGAAGUGGUGACAAACUUUUAGCCGAGUUUGUUAUUGGUUUAGCUGACGAAAAUCCUAAACUAAAGGAUUUCAAUAAAGCAAUAUCAGAGAAUGUACCAGAUUUUCCAGAAUCAUUAAGUUCACAUUUAUUUAAUCUAAUUGAAAAAAUGAAAAAGAAAACAACAACAACAACUAAUAAUAAUAAUAAUAAUAAUAAUAAUAAUACCAACACAGCAAAAACAACAACUACAACAACAACAACAACAACUACAACUAAUAAUAAUAAUUAUAAAGAGUCAGAAUGGGAAGAAACCAAAUUAAAUUCAAAUUCUAAUAAUCAAAAGAAAAAUCAAUUUCCAGGAUUAUCAAUACCAAAUAAAGUAGAAUGGGAUCAAGGUAAAAUCGUUGAUGUACCAAUUGAUGAUGAAAAAACUAAAGAAGAAUUAAAGAGAAAACAACAAGAUAUGGAUAGAGAAUUUGAACGAGAACAAAGAGAAAAGAGAGAUAGAGAUAGAGAACAACAAAAUAAAAGGAGAGAAAUUGAUAAAGAACCAAUUUUAUAUAAAAUUUAUGAUGGUAAAGUUUCAUCUAUAAAUGAUUAUGGUUGUUUUGUUACAUUGGAAGGUAUUGCAGGUCGUAGAGAUGGUUUAGUUCAUAUCUCUCAAAUUUUAUCAGGUAGAACUAAAUUGAAUCAUCCUUCUGAUGUCGUUAAACGUAAUCAACAAGUAAAAGUUAAAAUAUUAUCUGUUGCCUCUUCAAAAAUUAGUUUAUCAAUGAAAGAUGUUGAUCAAUCAACUGGUAGAGAUUUAAAUCCACAACAAAAUAUACAAUCAAUCAUUUCAACAAAUUCAACAAAUAAUAGAUCAAAUCCAUUUAAACCAAAUAAUAACAAUAAUAACAGCAGCAACAACAACAACAAUGAUGAUGAUGAUAAAUAUACAACAAGUAAAAAUAGAAAAAGAAUUGCAUCACCUGAUAGGUGGGGAUAUAAACAAUUAAUAGCAAGUGGUAUUUUAUCGGUACCAGAGAUGCCAAAUUAUGAUAAAGAGGUUGGAUUAGUUAAUCAUGAUGAAGAACAACCAGAAGAGGAUUUUGAUAUUGAGAGAAAUGAAGAUGAACCUCAAUUUCUAAAGGGUACUCGUAUGAAUAUGCAACAAUUAUCACCAAUUAAAAUCGUAAAGAAACCAAAUGGAUCAUUACAACGUGCUGCCUCAACUCAAACCGCACUUUCAAAGGAGAGAAAAGAGGAAAAGAAUCAACAACGUAAUGAAAUGAUGGAUAGUAUACCAAAGGAUCUUAGUUUACCUUGGCACGAUCCAAUGCCUGAAGCGGGUGAACGUCAUUUAGCUCAAGAAAUUCGUAGUAUAGCUGGUCAAGGUAUUGAUACUGAGAUACCAGAAUGGAAAAAGGUUACACAAGGUUCACACAUUCAAUAUGGUAAAGCAACUAGUAGAUCCAUUAAGGAACAAAGAGAAUCAUUACCAAUCUUUCCAUUGAGAGAAGCAUUUCUUCAAGCAGUUAGUGAACAUCAAUUAUUGGUUGUCAUUGGUGAAACUGGUUCUGGUAAAACAACUCAAAUGGCUCAAUAUUUAGCUGAGGCAGGUUAUGGUACUAGAGGUAAAAUAGGAUGUACUCAACCAAGAAGAGUUGCUGCAAUGUCUGUUAGUAAACGUGUUGCUGAAGAAUUUGGUUGUCAAUUGGGUCAAGAGGUUGGUUAUGCUAUUAGAUUCGAAGAUUGUACCUCUCCUGAAACCAUUAUUAAAUUUAUGACCGAUGGUAUUCUACUUAGAGAAUGUCUAUUGGAUCCAAAUUUAUCAGCCUAUAGUGUAAUCAUUUUGGAUGAAGCACAUGAAAGAACCAUUAGUACAGAUGUACUCUUUGGUUUAUUGAAACAAGCAUUACAACGUAGACCUGAAUUAAAGGUAUUGAUCACCUCUGCAACAUUGGAAGCUGAAAAAUUUUCAAAGUACUUUAUGAAUGCCCAAUUGUUUAUCAUUCCUGGUCGUACAUUCCCCGUUGAUAUUCGUUAUACAAAAGAUCCAGAGGCUGAUUAUCUUGAUGCUUCAUUGAUCACUGUAAUGCAAAUUCAUCUCUCUGAACCACCUGGUGAUAUCUUAUUGUUUUUAACGGGUCAAGAAGAGAUUGAUGCAGCUUGUCAAAUCCUCUAUGAACGUAUGAAAUCAUUGGGCUCCAAUGUACCCGAUUUAAUUAUCUUACCUGUUUAUUCAGCAUUACCAUCAGAGAUGCAAACUAAAAUCUUUGAACCUGCACCACCUGGUAGUAGAAAAGUUGUCAUUGCAACCAAUAUCGCAGAGACUUCUUUGACUAUAGAUGGUAUUUACUAUGUAAUUGAUCCUGGUUUUAGUAAACAAAAAUGUUUUAAUCCAAAGAAUGGUAUGGAUUCAUUGGUAGUCGCUCCAAUUAGUCAAGCUGCUGCUAGACAAAGAUCUGGUAGAGCCGGUCGUACUGGUCCUGGUAAAUGUUAUCGUCUCUACACUGAAUCCGCCUUUAAGAAUGAAAUGUUAGCAUCAUCCAUACCUGAAAUUCAACGUACAAAUCUUGGUAAUACCGUGUUAACCAUGAAAGCUAUGGGUAUCAAUGAUUUGUUAAAUUUUGAUUUCAUGGAUCCACCACCAGUUCAAACUCUAGUCUCAGCUAUGGAACAACUCUAUUCACUUGGUGCAUUGGAUGAAGAAGGAUUACUCACUCGUUUAGGUAGAAAAAUGGCAGAAUUCCCAUUGGAUCCUCAAUUGUCAAAGAUGUUAAUAGCCUCAGUAGAUCUCGGUUGUAGUGAUGAGAUUCUAACCGUGGUGGCAAUGUUAUCAGUUCAAAAUGUUUUCUAUCGUCCAAAAGAGAAACAAGCUUUAGCCGAUCAAAAGAAAGCAAAAUUCUUUCAACCUGAAGGUGAUCAUCUAACUCUACUAAACGUUUAUGAAUCUUGGAAAAAUAGUAAAUUCAGUAAUCCUUGGUGUUUUGAAAACUUUGUUCAGGCUCGUUCCCUUCGUAGAGCUCAAGACGUUAGAAAACAAUUGAUCACAAUUAUGGAUCGUUACAAAUUGGAUAUCAUUUCCGCCGGUAGAAACUAUACAAAAAUUCAAAAGGCAAUCUGUUCGGGUUUCUUUGCAAACGCUAGCAAAAAAGAUCCAAAUGAAGGCUAUAAAACUUUGGUCGAGGGUCAACCAGUUUACAUUCAUCCUUCCUCCACUCUCUUCAAUAGAAAUCCCGAUUGGGUAAUCUAUCAUGAGUUGGUUAUGACCACCAAAGAAUAUAUGAGAGAGGUUUGUACCAUCGAUCCAAAAUGGUUGGUUGAAUUGGCUCCAAAAUUCUUUAAAACUUCUGAUCCAAAUAAAAUUUCAAAAAGAAAAAGAAAAGAAAAAAUUGAACCACUUUAUGAUAAAUAUAAUGAUCCAAAUGCUUGGCGUCCUUCAAAAAGAAAAUAA